CGCACCCACUGCACAGCAUGCUGCUGCGGGCCGGUCCCGCGCUGCGGCGCUUCUCCACCGGCCGGGUUUACUUCAAAAACAAGCUGAAGUUGGCACUUAUCGGACAGAGCCUCUUUGGACAGGAAGUCUACAGCCACCUCCGCAAAGAGGGCCACCGAGUCGUGGGUGUGUUCACGGUUCCAGACAAGGAUGGACGGGCCGACCCCCUGGCUUUGGCUGCAGAAAAGGACGGGACACCUGUGUUCAAGUUCCCCAGAUGGAGGGUCAAGGGCAGGAGCAUCCCGGAGGUGGUGGACGCCUACCGAGCCGUGGGGGCCGAGCUGAACGUGCUGCCCUUCUGCACGCAGUUCAUCCCCAUGGACGUCAUCAACAGCCCGAAGCAUGGCUCCAUCAUCUAUCACCCAUCCCUCCUGCCCAGGCACCGGGGCGCAUCUGCCAUCAACUGGACUCUAAUCAUGGGAGACAAGCAAGCUGGGUUUUCUGUUUUCUGGGCCGAUGACGGGUUAGACACAGGACCAAUCCUUCUUCAGCGAUCCUGUGACGUCAAGCCAGAUGACACAGUGGACACGCUUUAUAAUCGCUUCCUCUUUCCUGAAGGAAUCAAAGCCAUGGUAGAGGCCGUGCAACUCAUAGCAGAUGGAAACGCUCCUUGUACCCCGCAGCCAGAAGAGGGGGCGACCUAUGAAGGGAUCCGGAGAAAGGCAAGCGCUGAGAUUCGCUGGGAUCAGACUGCUGAGGUUUUGCAUAACUGGAUCCGAGGUCAUGAUAAAGUCCCUGGAGCCUGGGCCGAGAUAAAUGGGCAGCUGGUGGUGAGAAAUCUGCAGUUUGAAGAUGGAAAAAUGAUUCCUGCCUCCCAGUACUUUUCGGCGGGCGAAGCCUCCGUGGUACAACUCACAGCCGAGGAGCUGAAGGUGGCGGACACCAUCAAGGUCAUCUGGGCUGGAAUUUUAAGCAACGUCAGCGUCAUUGAAGAUUCCACAGAUUUCUUUAAAUCUGGGGCAAGCUCCAUGGACGUCGCGAGGCUGGUAGAAGAGAUCAGACAGAAGUGUGGCGGCCUCCAGCUGCGGAGCGAAGACGUCUACCUGGCCACCAGGUUUGGAGACUUCAUCCAGAAGGUGGCGAGGAAGCUGAGAGGAGAGGACCAGGAGGCGGAGCUGGCCGUGGAUUACGUGUCCAAGGACGCCAACGGCAUGACCGUGCGGAUGCCGCAUCAGUGCUUCAUAGACGGCGAGUUCGUGGACGCGGACGACGGGAAGACCUACGACACGGUGAACCCCGCGGACGGCUCCACAAUCUGCAGAGUGGCCUAUGCGUCUUUGGCAGACGUGGAUAAGGCAGUUGCGGCCGCGAAGGACGCCUUUGAAAACGGAGAAUGGGGAAGAAUGAGUGCCCGCGACAGAGGAGGACUGAUGUACAGACUUGCUGACCUCCUGGAACAGAACCAAGAGGAGCUAGCCACCAUCGAAGCCCUGGACUCGGGGGCCGUCUACACCCUGGCGCUGAAGACUCACAUUGGGAUGUCCGUGCAGACCUUCCGUUACUUUGCCGGCUGGUGUGACAAAAUCCAGGGGUCUACGAUUCCCAUCAACCAGGCACGUCCAAAUCACAAUCUGACCUUCACCAGGAAGGAGCCCAUUGGUGUCUGUGCCAUCAUCAUUCCCUGGAACUACCCACUCAUGAUGCUGGCCUGGAAGAGCGCCGCGUGCCUGGCGGCCGGCAACACCCUGGUGCUCAAGCCGGCGCAGGUCACACCCUUGACGGCGCUGAAGUUUGCAGAGCUGUCAGCGAAGGCCGGCUUCCCGAAGGGCGUCAUCAACAUCCUGCCCGGCUCAGGGGGCGUGGCAGGACAGCGCCUCUCAGAGCAUCCUGACAUCCGCAAACUGGGGUUCACCGGCUCCACUUGGAUUGGGAAACAAAUCAUGAAAAGCUGCGCCGUCAGCAAUCUGAAGAAGGUCUCCCUGGAGCUGGGCGGCAAGUCCCCGCUGAUCAUAUUCCACGACUGUGAGCUCGACAAGGCCGUGCGCAUGGGCAUGGGUGCGGUCUUCUUCAAUAAAGGCGAGAACUGCAUUGCGGCGGGGAGGCUGUUUGUGGAGGAGUCCAUCCACGACCAGUUCGUGAUGAGAGUGGUGGAAGAAAUUAAGAAGAUGAAAAUUGGCGACCCCCUCGACAGAUCUACUGACCACGGGCCCCAAAACCACAAGGCCCAUCUGGAGAAGCUGCUGCGGCACUGCGAUGCGGGGGUGAAGGAGGGGGCCACCCUGGUGUGCGGGGGGAGACGGGUCCACAGGCCAGGCUUUUUUAUGGAGCCGACCGUGUUCACAGAUGUGGAAGACCACAUGUUCCUGGCCCAGGAGGAGUCCUUCGGGCCCAUUAUGGUCAUUUCCAAGUUCCCGGAUGGGGACAUCGAUGGCGUGCUACAGCGAGCGAAUAACACGGAGUACGGGUUGGCCUCAGGGGUUUUCACGAGAGACAUAAACAAAGCCAUGUACGUGAGUGAGAAACUCGAUGCAGGGACCGUGUUUAUUAACACGUACAACAAGACCGACGUGGCGGCCCCAUUCGGCGGUGUCAAGCAGUCCGGCUUUGGGAAAGACUUAGGGGAGGAAGCCCUAAAUGAAUACCUCAAAACCAAGACGGUGACGCUGGAAUAUUAGUGCUGCCUCCAGAAACCUCAGCUUCGCACCUGUCCAUGGAGGCAAAGGGCCCAGCCUCACGCCUAAAAACGCAUCCGCGAUCGCC